AUGGCUUACUCACGUCUUGCAGUCAAGGUCUUCAAUAUGACUUCUUCAGGAAGUGAGGCCAUACUACCUUCCACCAUGAAACUAUCAGGUGAACAGACACAACCUGAAGAAAUAAAACCACAACAAGCCCAAACAUCGUCAACGCCGACGUCCACACCGACACCGGCCAAGAAAGGUGUCACGUUUGCGUAUCAGGACUCGUUACCAAAACUGCCUAUUCCAGAUUUGGAGAGUACGUGUCAGAAGUAUCUCGAGUCUUUGGCUCCAUUGCAGAGUCCUAGAGAACAUGAAGAGACUAAAGCUGCCGUACGCGAGUUCCUAAAGACCGAUGGACCGGAGUUGCAGGAGAGGUUGAAGAAGUAUGCUUCUUCAAAGACUAGUUAUAUUGAACAGUUUUGGUACGAUUCGUACUUGAACUUUGAUAAUUCUGUCGUUUUAAAUUUGAAUCCCUUCUUUCUACUUGAAGAUGACCCGACUCCUGCCAGAAACAAUCAGGUCACCCGUGCUGCCUCGCUUGUCUCCUCAGCACUAUCGUUUGUCCGCGCAGUUCGUCGUGAGGAACUUCCUCCCGACAAAGUCAAGACCACGCCUUUGUGCAUGUAUCAGUAUUCUCGGUUGUUUGGUACCGCUCGCGUUCCCACUGAGAAUGGCUGUAUCAUCGGCCAGAAUGCCACAGCCAAACACAUUGUGGUCCUCUGCCGCGGCCAAUUCUAUUGGUUCGAUGUGUUAGAUGACAAUAACGAUCUCAUCAUGAGCGAGAAAGAUAUCACGAUCAAUCUGCAGGUUAUACUCGAUGAUGCACAACAAACCCCUAUUCAAGAAGCUGCCAAGGAGGCUCUUGGUAUCUUGAGUACGGAGAAUCGUAAAGUAUGGUCUGGACUUAGAGAUUUGCUCACGAAGGAUCCCGGGUCGAAUAAUGCGGAAUGCCUGCAUAUCGUUGACAGUGCUAUCUUUGUCCUGUGUCUUGACCAUAUGGAACCAACCAGCACGGCCGACUUGUGUGGAAACAUGCUUUGUGGCACGAGUGAAAUCGUCCGUGGCGUCCAGAUUGGAACUUGUAUCAACCGGUGGUAUGACAAACUUCAGAUUAUAGUUUGUCAAAACGGUAGCGCCGGUAUCAAUUUCGAGCAUACCGGUGUCGAUGGCCAUACCGUUUUACGAUUUGCCAGUGAUGUCUACACGGACACAAUCCUUCGAUACGCCAAAACGAUCAAUGGUCAAGCUCUUUCAUUAUGGGCAUCCAACAGCCCUGAUCCAGCUAAACGAGAUCCCCGCAGUUUUGGUAACGUGAGCACAACACCACGCAAACUCCAAUGGGACAUGAUCCCCGAGCUCAGCAUUGCCCUUCGGUUCGCCGAAUCACAUCUGGCAGAUCUCUUGCACCAACAUGAAUUCCAAGUCCUUGAUUUCUCUGGUUAUGGAAAGAGUUUUAUUACCUCUGCAGGCUUCUCGCCAGAUGCGUUUGUGCAAAUGGCGUUUCAAGCUGCUUAUUAUGGGUUGUAUGGUCGAGUUGAGAAUACGUAUGAACCGGCUAUGACGAAGAUGUUUUUGCAUGGUCGCACAGAAGCUAUUAGGCCUGUGACUAAUGAAUCUGUCGACUUUGUCAAGACAUUCUGGGGCGAUAACCCAGCUGAACUUAAAGUGGCUGCAUUGAAGAAGGCCACGGAAAGACAUACUGCCAUUACCAAGGAAUGCGCGAAAGCUCAGGGACAAGACCGACAUUUGUACGCGUUGUUCUGUGUCUGGCAGCGAUCACUGGAUGGGACAUCAUCGGUCGAUGAGUCAAUGGCAUUAGACGACAGGGCAUCAUCAGACGAGAAUGGGGGUUAUACCAGCAGCAGCAGUGGACGAAGUAUCAGCAGUGGCAGAAGCAACAGUAUAAGCAGCAUGCGCGCUCGACCAACACCACCACCCACCGUACCGGCCAUCUUCAACGAUGCCGGCUGGGACAAAAUCAACAACACAAUUCUGUCAACAUCCAACUGCGGCAACCCGGCUCUACGACAUUUCGGAUUUGGUCCUACCUCCGGCGACGGGUUCGGUAUUGGAUAUAUAAUCAAAGAAGACUCAAUAUCGAUCUGUGCGUCGUCCAAACAUCGACAGACGUCUCGGUUGAUGGAUACCCUGGAGUCGUAUUUGCUCGAAAUUCGGAAAUUGAUUAGGGCUACGAGCCGUAAGACGACUAGUCCGCGGACGAGUCGAGCGAGAGAGAUGGAGAUUUUGUCGGAGAGGUUGGAGAAUAGACGUGGAAGACUUAUAAGGCAGGAUGUAAGUCAUGGACGCGGAGGUACAGAGACACCGACUACGGAUAGUGGGGAUGUAGAGGAUGAUGGGAUGGGUGGAUAUGGAUUCUUUGAUGCGGGAAUGUUGUUACAUGCACUUAAAGGUGUGCACGGUGAUAGGCAACGGGUUGGAGGAGAGAAGGUUGAGAGGAGAAGACCGGUUGGGAAGAAGUUGCAGUUGGCUGAAUAUUAG